AUGCAUAGCUUCAUUCUCCUUGCUGAAGCUGUUAGGACUGGGUCAUAUGAAAUGGCCUAUUCUUUGAUUGCUAGCGGAGCCUGGAUGGAGCAGAUCUGUCAGAAGAAGUGGACCUUCAUGCAGGAAGCAGCCAAGGUGGGCUGCUCUGAGGUCAUGAAGGUGUUGCUAAGGCACGGAGGUCGGGUUAACCGUUGGGUGUUGCCAUAUCCACAUACUAGACCUUCUUCACUAUGGUAUGUAACCAGUGAGGUAAAAUCAGCUCGGAAUGUUAAUGUAUCUAUCUAGUCAUAGGUUCUGUGAAUUUGCAGUGCUUGCUUGUAAACUUGUCUCAUGUACUGUAUUCUCUCAGCUGCUGUGACUUUGUUUCUACAUAUCAUAUAAGGAAACAGAGUAAAUUCCCAGGCUUUAAAUGGGGAGAAGGUUCUGACAGAUGCAGUUGGUUCAGGAAACCCAGACUGUAUCGAACUUCUCUUAAAGAAUGGAGCCAACCCUAAUCUACCCAGUUUGACUGGACAACUACUGAUCCACAAGGCAGGAUUUAAGGGUCACUAUGAGUGAGCACAUUUUACUAGACACUCUUAUCCAGAGCAAUUAGGGUUAAGUGCCUUGCUCAAGGGCACAUCAACAGACUUUUCACCUAGUCGGCUCGGGGAUUAGAACCAGCGACCUUUCAGUUGCUGGCACAACGCUCUUACCCACUAAGCUACCUGCCGCCCCAAAAUCUGCCUUAACACAGUUCAUAGACAUUCGGCCAGGCCUCACAGGUGUUGAAUGACAUGUCCAUCUCCACCAAAUGUUUUUCAUUUCUCACCCUCAGUGCCUUGAAGAUGUUGAUACCCCUUACCACCAGAAAGGCUAUCAAACUCAUUGGAAAAAAAGCCCGAUUCACUCUGCAGUUGAUGGCAACCAUUCUGAUUGUAAGGAACUACUCAUAGAAAACAGCUUUGUACGUCAACGUCCUCCUGACCCCACGCCUCUCAGACAAGUACAUGGACAUGAGAAGAAGCACAUUAUACUUUGCUGUCUCCAACAGGGACAUCCCAUGCAUCGAAAUGUUGCUGAACGCAGGAGCCAAACUUGACCUGGACCCUCUAUGCUGCCUCCUGGUGGCGGUGAGAGAUGUGCGGUAUGAGAUUGUGAAGCUGCUUCUGGCCAGACAGGCAGACGUCAAUUGUUACUUCACAGUGGUCAGUAACACAGUGUUUCCCCCGGCUCUGCAGUACUGCCUGCGGGACGAGAUGAUGUGUCUGCUGCUCAACAAUGGGUAUGACGCUGAAAGGUGCUUCACUUGUAACCAUGACGACAGCUUGAGUAUGAAAUGUGUAGAGGAAAAAGGUAUUCCAGUGAGUUGUCAAUCUUCUUUUGCAUUAUUUCCAUUGUGGGAUGUUUAUUAAGCUUCUCUCGACUGAGUGACAAACAAAAUAGUUUCCAAUCUUGCCUGUCCUUUAUGCAGUUUUGUGAAUUCAUGAGUCUCUCAUGCCUCAUGCACCUGUCUGGGUGUGUGGUGCGCAUUCUUCUGCACUAUGUAAGUCACGUGCAUAUCUGUUCACAAUUCAAACUCAAUCUGGAGAAGCAGAAAGAAUGGCCUGACAUAUGUGACGUUCUGGGUAAGAUUAUAUACUGGAUAGACUAUAUGUUCAAAUACAAUAAUGUAACUAUUCUAAAUGCACCAUUUACAUGGAGUAUAUCACAUCAAAAUGUUUACUUUUCUCUUUAUUCCCUUUCACCUAGGGAACCCUGAUCACUCAAGCACCUGUGCAGACUGGAGAUCAGGAAGCAGCUGACCUUAAAAAGACUGAAUGACCCCAUGAUCAGGGUCAGAUUAAUGCAGGGGUUUACCGGGGCUGAAGCACCUGGGCCCAGGCCCGUGGGGGGCCCAAGAGGCAGCAAAAAUAUAUAUAAAAAAGACACACAAAAAGUCACACAAAAAAAUUAAGGAAAUAUAUACAGUAUACAUUAUAUAUGUAGUAUAUAUUUAGUCUAUUUUUACUGCAACAUUCAACCACAGGAGGACUCAGGAGCCCGCUCUCAAUGAGUGUAGACAGCCUGCUGCUGCCUGCUGCCGCUCGGCUAAUUAUCAGAAGGGGGAGGAGUGGAGAUAGGGGGCCCACAUGGGUAACUGCGGGGCACUGCCUUAAUUGCGUAACUGAUUAAUAAAACAAAUUAAAAUAAACUGCAUAAUAAAUAAAUAUGACUGGUCAAUUGUGUCAGUCAGGGGCUGGGCCCAAGCCCGUAGGGGGCCCAAGAGACAAAAAACAACAACAUUAUUCUAUUUUUUUAUCCAACCACAAGAGUCCACUCUCAUUGUUCAAAAUACACCAGAGAGCAUAAUUUAGCCACGGAGGAUCAAUAGUUUCUAAAAAAUAACUGUGGAUUAAGUUUCAACACAAGCACAUUCAGGUUGAAAAAAAAAACAAAAAAACAUAAAGCGUCUUGAACGGGUGUUAGGCCACCACGAGCUGGCAGAAAAGCUUCAAUGUGCCUUGGCAUAGAUUCUACAAGUGGACCUAAACCAUGCCAGGAAAAUGCUUUGCAUCCCUCAUUUACUGAAGUGUUUCCCUUAUUUUGGCAGUUGCUGGUAUGUCUACAGUCGGGAAGGCCGCAGUUGUUUCCCGCUGCUUUGUGGCCAUAGACAUAUAAACUAUAGAAGGGUUUUGGAACCUCUUACCCUGGCAAUUUGACUGUUAAUAAACUCAUGGGUACGCUAACAAUAGCUGCCGGUCCUAACUUGAAUGGGAACUGCCAUCUAUGGAUUAUAUUUCUAUGGUUGGUUGCGGAUGUAGGUUUGCCUUUGCAGAUUUCAAAAUACAAUCGCGGAAAAGCAUACAGUUUGCCUACUGCUGAAAAUAGAAGAUUAAACUGUCCGUAGAACCAAUAGAAACAAUUUAUUCUCAACAACUCCCAAUUUUUGGCAAACAGCAGCCUUGUUUUUCAAAGUAACUCCUCUUGAGAUAGGCUAUGCCAUGACGAGUGCAUCAGCCAUCACCGUGAGUAGCCUAUGGCUUCAUCUUCAUCAUUAGGUGAGUCAGUGUGCCACUGGAAAUAUUUUUAGUAGCUUACUGUAACCUAUAUAAUAUAUAUACAGUGGGGAGAACAAGUAUUUGAUACACUGCCGAUUUUGCAGGUAAUGUGGUCUGAUGAGACAAAAAUAGAGCUUUUUGGUCUAAACUCCACUCGCCGUGUUUGGAGGAAGAAGAAGGAUGAGUACAACCCUGGAGGAGGGUCUGUAUGGAGGAGUGGGCCAAAAUCCCUGCUGCAGUGUGUGCAAACCUGGUCAAGACCUACAGGAAACGUAUGAUCUCUGUAAUUGCAAACAAAGGUUUCUGUACCAAAUAUUAAGUUCUGCUUUUCUGAUGUAUCAAAUACUUAUGUCAUGCAAUAAAAUGCAAAUUAAUUACUUCAAAAUCAUACAAUGUGAUUUUCUGGAUUUUUGUUUUAGAUUCCGUCUCUCACAGUUGAGGUGUACCUAUGAUAUAAAUUACAGACCUCUACAUGCUUUGUAAGUAGGAAAACCUGCAAAAUCGGCAGUGUAUCAAAUACUUGUUCUCCCCACUGUAUAUAUAUCCUCCUAAUAUUGUACAGUCUGUAUGUCACUUCAUUGGCCUGGGCUAUUGUUUGUUUGAAUUCAAGACCAAAGCCCCGGGGGCUAUGAUUUCUUAAUCCGGCCCUGCCCAUGAUCAUGAGCUGUGACCUUUUCCCUCCCAGACUGAAGAGCUACUUGAUGAAUGAUCUGUAUGGCCAAAGUGUUGGCCAUGCAGGGAGAAGAGACAACUGUGAACUACCAACCAUGCAACCUUACUGACUAUGCAGCUUGUAUAUGUUUGAAUUGUUGAGUAUAUUAUACAUUUAUGUUUGUGGGGGGGAUUGGAUAAAGUCUUCUCCUGUCUCUUUUUGAGCAAAAUAUGAGUCAAAAGUAAAGUAAGCAUGGAUGUUUGAUAAAGGAAUUGAUGAUAAAGGAACAGCUCUAGAAGUUCUGGUGCAGCUUCUGAGAGAUCCUAUUUAGUUUCAGCACAAUAGUCUUGAAUCAUCUUUGUGUCUCGGAAAAACAACAACACUAGAUGUCUUUCUACAUUUUAAUCACAUGUUAACACUACCCAACAGGGAGCUCUUCAAGCCCCUUUGAUGGUCUGCCAGAGAAAAUGUAUCUUCCCUGAACAAUUCUCUUCUUACAAGGCUAAUGUUUGACAUCUGUUAUUAAAACAUUGCUGACUCUUUCCACACUGGUUGACAUUAUGGACAAUUAGUGUACAUUUGGAUGUUGUGGUAUGGCCUGCACGCUAAACACACAACUUCAACGGGAGCAGGUGACACCUAAAAAUAGCCUUAGUCGAAUGUGUGUGUGUGUGUGUGUGUGUGUGUGUGUGUGUGUAUGUUGGUAGAGAGGGGAUUCAGUUCAGGCAUGGCACAAAUUACACUCUACAAUCUCUGGACCGGGUAGGACACGUGAUUUAAACAGAACUAGAUUUCACAGGUGGGAACUGAAAUCUGCCUGACUGGUGAAUAGGAAAAUAUAUCUAAUAAAACAGAAAAUUAUGUUUAGAUGUUUCUGGAGUCAAUUACCUUUGCACACCUAAAGGUUUGGAGCACAGUGAUAGUAGGCCACAUGCUAACAUUGCUAUUUCCUCUGAAGCUAUGGAUCCUGACGACAUGGACGGAGAUCGACUGCUUGAUUACGCUAUUCAGAUGAGCAUUCAAGAGUCAUGCCCAAAAUUAUUAUUAGCACCUUUAGAGAGGUAAUGCAUGAUACGAGUUCACUUCUGAAAAUACUCAAUUUCCUAGGCUACUUUUGCAUUUUGCUAUAUGCUGUCAUUGUUGAGAUCAAAAUGACAUGUACAAUUAUUAAUAUUAUGCUUACUUAAAUUAUUUUCAAACACUUUCUUAACAUGAUCUCCUCUGCUUCGAUAUUCUCAGUGAUGAACAUCUGAAGAUCAUAAAGGCUAUUGAUCGAGGUGAAUGCAUGGUCACUGUCUGAUUACUGAGAUUGUCAUUUUCACAUUCAGGGUUUUAUGGGUAACACUUUACUUGACACCCAGCAUCAUAACACGUUAUGACAUGGUCAUAACCAUGUCAUAAUAAGUCAUAACAGCUGACAAAAAUUGUCAUAACACUGUCAUGACCCAUAUAUUUACACCUGUUGUGACAUAUAUUGCGUUAUUUUAUGGCUGGUUAUGACACCUACAUAAGAGUGUCAAAACCCACAUUUCUUCAAACGUAUUCCUUUUGUUUGUAGUCCCGUGUAGCUCAGUUGGUAGAGCAUGGCGCUUGCAAUGCCAGGGUUGUGGGUUCGAUUCCCACGGGGGGCCAGUAUGAAAAUGUAUGCACUCACUAACUGUAUGUCGCUCUGGAUAAGAGCGUCUGCUAAAUGACAAAAAUGUAAAUGUUUGUUUCCUAAGUCGUUGUUGUAAUGAAUUCUUUACAGUCAUGUUUCUUUCCAUCAUAUUUUAAAUCACUGUCAUAAAGCAUAAUGACCAUCCUGUGUCACUUUACUUGGACGAAGAAAAAAACACUCUAUGACACUGUCAAAAAGCAUUAUGACCAUCAUAAUCAUAUAAACCAGAUAAGCCGAUUGUCAGCCAUCAGUCAAAAAUAGUGUCUUGUCCUGCUCUCAUCAGAAACAGAGGUUUGGGGUAGCUGACAUUAAUGAUUUAGAUUUUUGUCAUUUAGCAGACGCUCUUAUCCAGAGCGACUUACAGGAGCAAUUAGGGUUAAGAGCCUUGCUCAAGGGCACAUCGACAGAUUUUUCACCUAGUUGGCCUUGGGGAUUAGAACCAGCGACCUUUCGAUUACUGGCACUACGCUCUUAACCACUAAGCUACCUACCGCCGAUGUGUGCACAAUUACAAUAACAAUUUAAUAUGAUACCUUUCAGAAAAUGGUAUGUAACAUAAACAUACUGUUCACAAGUAGGCUAUGGUGUAAUGUAAUGUUUUGCCUUGUGUGGUAGGUUUUGUGGGUUUUGACACUCUCAUGUAGAUGUCAUAACCAGUCAUAAAAUAACGCAAUAUAUGUCACAACAGGUCUAAAUAUAUGUGUUAUGACAGUGUUAUGACCAUAUUAUGGCAGGUUAUGGCAAGUUAUGUCAGCUGUUAUGACAUAUGACAUGGUUAUGACCGUGUUAUUAUGCUGGGUGUCAUGUAAAGUCUUAUCGUUUUAUGUAAAUUAUGAACCAGGUUGGAUAGCCAUUCUUCGCAAAAUUAUAUUACAUUGGCCCACUAAAUGAAUACACAGACAACGCAAAGCAAACCAUGGCUUUGUAUCUCACACUACUGAUGUACUGUAUACAAACAAACUUUGCAAUGAAAAUGCAUAAAUCCCACAUGCGACCCGUGAUAAGACUAUGCAAUUAAUAAUGACAAAGUCCUCUGUAGCUCAAUUGGUAGAGCAUGGCGCUUGUAACGCCAGGGUAGUGGGUUCGAUCCCCGGGACUACCCAUACGUAACAAUGUAUGCACACAUGACUGUAAGUCGCUUUGGAUAAAAGCGUCUGCUAAAUGGCAUAUUAUUAUUAUUAAAGUGUUUAUCUGACUGCAUAACGAUGAUUUAGCAAUAUGCAAGCAGGACUAUUGAUGAGUUACAGUAAUAAGCUAUCAAGAAAUAUCUGAGAAUUUAAUACUUUAUGCAAGUAUUUCAUAUCAUUGUAAAAUGAAUGAUUACAUUAUACAAGGCAUGAACAUAAAUUACAAGGCAUUACUGGCAUUAACAAAGCAUUCAUAAUCUGGACAUCAUCAGAGAGGGAGAGAGAGACAAGGAAACCAUGGCUUGUGCCAAGGCCCAUAGAUCAUGGGAGAGAGAGAGUGUCAAUAUCACCUCUACUAUCCAGAGGUGUGAUAGUACGUGGGAUGGUAAGAGCAAACAGAUAAUUCAGCAUUCCUGAGAAACACAAAAUAAUCCUUGCAUACAGUUGAGAAGAUUCAUUUUGGGGGCUGGGCCGGCUCUACACCAUUUUAUGUGGCUUAGAUGAAUCAUGUCCAAUUACUUGACAACAGAAAACUGCUAGGAAUCUGUAGACUGAUAUUGAAUGACUGAAUAACUGAUACUUCAUCAUAAGACACUAGUGCUCCUGUGAAAAGUAAUCAUUCUUUCUGGUACAUUCUCCACCUAGGUGACAUACUCGCCCUCCAAGAGCUGUCAGAAUUUCAAGCAGGCUUCAGUAAGGCAGAUGACAGGGGCUGGUACCCUCUGCACAAGGCAGCUGUCCAACCUCUGGUGAAGAUGCUGGAGAUAGUGUUGUAUGGUAGGCUAUUACAGAGUAAUCACCUCAUGGGCUGCAUAUCUGGACACGUACUGCAUAUCUCAUAAAUCUGCUGGCAUGGAUGUGGACAUUUACUGAUUUAUGGGCCACAUGACUUGUUUGGUUUUGUUGGACGUGCCCCUUGUAUGUGAUAACUGGAACUGGUUCCUGAUCUUUUGGGUUGUGUCCAACAGCGUCUUUUAGGUUGUCCCUGGAGGAGAAGACAAUGGAGGGAGAAACACUGCUAACUCUAGCAGCUAUGGCUGAUCUGGUGGACUAUGUGAAGAUGCUACUUGAACAUGGAGCGUCUCCACAUAACACCAACAGCAAGAAAGAAACCCUUCUACUGCUAGGUAUUAGUGAAAGGUAUAAAGUCUGUGUUCUUGGCAUCCUUGUUGUCACAACAAGUACCAUUGUUGAAAUGACUCCUACCAUAUUGUUCCCCUGAUAUUCAACAGUUGUUGUGAUUUCUCCCGGUCAGCUGUUAGAUUUGGGUCGUAUGAAAUGGCAUCUGCCCUGAUCACGAGAGGAGCCUGUGUGGAGCAGGUCUGUCUGAAGCAGUCGACUGCCCUGCACAAGGCCGCAAAGGUAGGCUGCUCUGAUAUCAUGGAGCUGUUGUUGGAACAUUGAUGCCAGGUCAAUGAGAUAGAUCAAGACGGCGUGACUCCAAUGGCCAUUGCAGCAGAGCACGCCCACUCAGAGGUUCUAGAGAUCCUUAUUCACAAUGGUGAGUAGGUAAAAGCACGAUAGCUCCAGUUUGCCCUCUGAUAGGCUAGAGCUAGAUAGAACUUUCAACAUAUUGCAUAAACCAACCCAAACACAGAGUCAUAUAUAUAGAGAGUUGGGCCAAUGCGGUUUCUGUCGAAUGUUCCGAGAGCGCCACUUUCUCCUCCAUAGCUGUUGCUAAGUGAUAAUUGAUGCUUCCGCAUUGUGAAGAUGUCCAGUGAAAGCAGAUAUGCAAUUCUAUUAACACCAAAAUACAGUACCGACUUGGAUACACAUUAUCCCAAAUGCUAAUCAAUAAAAACUUCUGUUAUAUUCGCUGCUCUGUUUUACUUGUUUACAGCAAAACAGGGAAUUGUUGGAGGCACUCUCGUAUUGUUACGUCACCAAAAUGUUGAGAAUAAAGGCACUAACAUGGCGUCCGCUCUAAAAACCUGGCCAAUCUCUCUUAAUAUAUGGCUCUGCCCAAACCCUUCAGACACUUGAGGUGUGUUUAGACAAGCAGCCCAAUUCUGAUCUUUUUUUCACUAAUUGGUAUUUUGAUCAAUCAGAUAUGCUUGAAAAAUAUCUGAUGUGAAAAGAUCUGAUGUGAUUGGUCAAAAGACCAGUUAGUGGAAAGAAUAUCAGAAUUGGGCUAAUUGUGUGAACGCAGCCAAAUGCCUAUUGGGUGAUUUGGGACAUUGGGAGAAUCUCAAUUGAAUUUCCUUGAUUUCUCAUGUCCCCUCUCCUUCGCCUUCUCAAAACCCAUUGGACAGAGGGGAGGGACAUCUGACCUUUUCAUCCAAUGGGUUUUGAGGUGGUGAGGAGAGAGGACGCGACAAAUUAAGGAAAUACAAUUGAGAUUCUCCCAUUGUCUGAGAAAUUACAAUAAGCAGAAGCUGGAUUUCCUCUCCCUACAACUAGGUGGCGAUGUGAAUGCACAGGCGCCCAAUGGGGACAGUGUGCUGUAUGAUGCGGCACAAUCUGGGAAUCCAGACUGUAUAGACCUACUUCUGCGACAUGGAGCCAACCCCAAUGUACCUAGUCUGUGCUCAGAGCUACCCAUUCAUCGAGCAGCAUAUGAGGGCCAUUACCUGUGAGUACAACCUGUGAGUACUCUAACCUAGAGUCCAGAGGAGGCUGGUGGGAGGAGCUAUAGGAGGACAGGCUCAUUUUAAUGGCUGGAAUGGAAUAAAUGGGACGGUAUCAAGCAUAUCAAGCAUAUGGAAACCAUUCCAGCCAUUACAAUGAGCCCGUCCUCCUAUAGCUCCUCCCACCAGCCUCCUCUGCAAGAGUCCAUUGUUUAUCUUUAAAAUAAAGAAGUGCAGAAUGUAGUUCUAAGGAGAACUACUUUACUGAUCGGAGUUAACUUUUCUCUAUCAGGGCACUGACAAUUUUUAUUCUGAUAACCACUAGAAGGGCAAUCAGACUUUCAGGCCAGAGUCCCGUUCACUCUGCAGUCGACAGAGGCCAUGAACAAUGCCUGGAGCUACUCGUGGAAAAGGGCUUUGAUGUCAACUCUCUCCUAGACUUUCACAUCUCUGAAGACUACGGAGACAUGAGAAAAAGUGCAUUGUACUUUACUGUCUCUAAUGGAGACGUGACCUGCACUGAAAUGCCGCUGAAUGCAGGAGCCAAACCUGACCUGGACCCUCUAUGCUGCCUCCUGGUGGCGGUGAGAGAUGUGCGGUAUGAGAUUGUGAAGCUGCUUUUGUCCAGACAGGCAGACAUCAAUUGUUACUUUGCCGUGAUGAGUGACACAGUGUUUCCCACGGCUCUGCAGUACUGCCUGCGGGACGAAAUGAUGAUGCGUCUGCUGCUCAACAACGGCUAUGACGCAGAUAAAUGUUUCUGCUGUAACCAUGACAGCACCUGGGAUGACCUGAGUGAUCAGACUGAUUCCGAUUAUCAAGAACAAGUUUCUGUGAGUUAUAAUUUGAAAUCCAGAAACUGUCAUAAAAUCCACAUAUUAACGAUUGUAAUAAAUGCCCUAACAAAUCUAUUUUGUCAUCCCUGUCAUCCAGUUCUGUCAUUUCAUCAGCGUUUCCUGGCUGGUGCACUUGGCUGGGAGAGCUGUGUGGAUCCUUCUGGACUACGUCAGUCACAUGCCUCUCUGUCCAAAGCUGAGACAGAUCCUGGAGAAGCACAAAGAGUGGCCUCAGAUCUGCUGCAUAUUAGGUGAGUAGUUUGAUUAAAUUCAAAGGAAAAAACAAGAUAAAUGUGUAGGCAAUGCAAUUGCCAUGAGUAGGGGGACAUGACCCACUAAAAACACAGACUACCCUUGCUACUGAACCUGAAACGUCUCUUCUGUCUUACUUCUCUGACCAAGCGAAACCCCGUUCACUGACACAUCUGUGCAGACUGGUGAUCAGGAAACAGAUGACUUCAAAGAGACUGGGGCAUCCAAACAUCAGGGACUCUGCCCUCUUCCCACCCAGACUGAAGGAAUACCUAUUCUACAAAGAACAUGAUUUGUAUGGCAAAAUGAUAUGUAUGGACAAGUGA